GGGGCCUGGCCAGGACGCGGUGGGCCGUUGGUGGGCGUGUUACCCGAGCUCCUGCGAGGACAGCGCCGGCUCCCCACGCCCAAACCCAAACCGCACUUCAGGGAAGAGGAAGGACAGGCUUCCUCCCGGAGCACCGGGGCCCAGGGACGGCCCAGGGCAAGGGCACCCCCAGGCCCAGAUGCGGGCCCAGGCCCAGGGCAGGCAGGCGAGGCCUGGGACCCAUUCUCGGGGUCUCCGCCAGCCCGUCCCUCCCGGGGAGCCUGGAACUCCCCCGCCCACAGCCGGCCCCGCAGGCGCCCCAGACCCUCCCCCACGGCGCCUCCUGCCGAACAGGCCCAGAGCCUCCGCCAGGCACACGCGCAUGCUUUGCCCGCCCACGGCCACGGCCACGGCCACGGGCUCACACCCACCGUGGAAGCUUCCUGUGCCCCUGCCCGCCCAGAGCACCCACUGGCUCUCCCUGGCCUGUUUCCAGCCACAAAAUUGGGGAGAAGCAGGAUAAGGCAGAGCGGCUCUCUUUGCAUGUGAGGCCCGACCUGAGCUGUCCCUCAAGAUGAAGGUCUUCCUGCCCGUGCUGCUGGCCGCCCUCCUGGGUGUGGAGCAAGCCCACUCCCUGGUGUGCUUCUCGUGCACGAAUCAGAAAAGUAACUUCUACUGCCUGAAGCCCACCGUCUGCGAGGACACGGACAACUACUGCGUGACCGUCUCCGCGGCCGCGGGCAUCGGGAACGUGGUGGACCUCGGCUACAGUCUGAACAAGGGCUGCUCCCCCAUCUGCCCCGCGCCCCCCGGCAUCAACAUCGGCGUGGCGUCCGUGGGCACCCACUGCUGCCAGAGCUUCCUGUGCAACAUCAGCGCGGCCGGCGGGCUGCGGGCCGGCACCUCCCUGCUGGGCCUCGGGCUCCUGCUCAGCCUGCUGGUCCUGCUGCCGCCCGGCCCCUGACCCCCGGCCCCGACCCCCGACCCCUGACCCCACCGCUCAGGAAGAAAAGCCCCGCCCCGCCCAGACCCUCACGCCUCACACCCCCUCCCCCUCCGCCUCCCCCUCCCAGCCUUCGUCUCCUCUGCAGGCCCCCCCCCCCCACCUACACCUGCCCCAGGGCACCGCCUGCCCUCACUCCAGGUCCAUGAUGUGAGCUCCUCAGAGGGGCCCCCUGGGGCCUGUGGGUCAGCAGCUAUGCCUGGGUCUUGGGGGGACACACGGCGUGAGGCCCAAGCCCAGGCCCUGUCCAUCAGGCCAGUCCGCCCUGACAGGGGCCUGGAAGGGGGUGCUGGGGUGUGGGCGCCCAGCUGUACGCACACGGGUCUGUGAGGCCUUGGGGGCUGUGCUUGGGGGGCAGGCAGGGCCGGGGGCUCCAAGCAGAGCCCAUUCUGGGGCUCCCCGGAAGCCACGCCCCACUCCGGCAGCCGUAGGCCCAGGAAUCGGCUCCCACCCCACAGCCAGCUGCAGCCCCACCACCCCCCUCAGGCUGGAGCCUCCUGCUUUGGUGCCUCAAAUAAACAGACGUGGGAACCCUG